AGAUAAAAAGUAUGUUUUUUCUCUUAAAGGAAGGGUAAGAGUUAAAGCCUGAAAAAAGGGUUUAUGGGUCACAUGUUACGCAGACUUCCUGGCAAGCGAAGAAUUAGAAGAAUGUUUCAGCUGUAGGUAUAAGCAGAGAGGGAACGCUGCUGACCAUCAGGCAUAAGGGCGCAUUCACCAUAACCGAAGCGUACAGAUAAUAGAUAUGUCUGAUUUUAAAAUUCGCACUCUUUUGGUCACCGGAUCCAACCGGGGGAUCGGGUUAGAGUUUGUGCAGCAAUUUGUGAAGAGUCCAAACCCCCCAGACCAGAUUUUUGCAGCCUGCAGAGACCCGGAUGCCCCGCGGAGCCAGGAAUUAAAGAAUUUGGCUGAAAAGCAUUCAAACGUCGUGGUGAUUCAGCUUGAUGCAACCGACGGAGCAAGCAUUACCGAGUCGGCAAAGCAAGUGGAGAAGCAUUUGAACGGCCGAGGCUUGGACCUUUUGAUUAACAAUGCUGGUGUCCUCCACCCAAACACCCUGCAAACGCAGACCGCAGAGGACAUGAUGGAAGUCUACAGCGUAAAUGUCGUUGGACCUAUGCUGGUGACACAGGCAUACUACGAUCUGCUGAAAAAAUCUGCCGCGUCCAAUGGAAAAGCCGCCAUCUUUAAUGUAUCCAGUCUACUUGGCUCCAUUGAACAUGUACCUGGUGUAUUCGCAGACUUCCCAGUUAUUUCAUAUCGCUGCAGCAAGGCUGCCUUGAACAUGCUGUCAAGAUGCCAAGGAGAAGGAUACAAGCAGGAUAACAUUAUCUCUGUUGCUGUACACCCUGGCUGGGUUCAGACAGAUUUGGGAGGAGAGAGGGCACCACUCACAACAGAAACCAGCGUUGUGGGAAUGCUAAAGGUUAUCUAUUCCCUCACCAUGGACCAGAGCGGCACCUUUGUUGAUUGGGAAGAAAAAGCUGUUAAAUGGUGAUCGCAAAUCUACAUGAGGCUUCGCUUUCAAUGAAGAGCAUUAUACCAUGGCUUACUUAUUAAGAAGUGUCUGUUUCCUAUAAAUAAUCCUAAUACAAUCUAUUUGGAUACAUUAUUGAAUACCAUUAAUAUUUGGUAACAUUAAAUUGUUAAAGAACCUCUGUGCAGUUUUUUUAUUUCAUAAUACAUAUACAGUCUAUGGCAAGGCCAGGAAACUGAUCCAGUAAUAAACAAGUCAAGUGCCAAAUCUUAUCUAGGAUGGAAUAGAAUGCAAGCCUCUUGUGCAAGCUCUAAAACAGGGCAGAUGGGUGCUAAUCUCAAUCAAGCCCUUUUGGCUGGAUGUAAAUCAGAGGUAUGUGGUCAGUUUGGUCUCUCGUACAAAUAAACAUUUACAUGUUCACAUCUGUAAA